AUUUAACAUCCAUGAGGAGUACCUAAUUACACCCCAGGACAGUGAAGUUCUCUGUGUCAGAAUGGGCAGCAGUGUUGCAAGCCUUAGACCUUGACUUGGAUCUCUCUUAGUGAGGGUAAGUCUCCAUCCCCUUCGUGCAAUGGUCAUUGCUGAGACUGCCAACAAGAGUGCAAGCUGCGAUGGAAAUUUUUGGGACCUAGACACUUGUCCUUUAAGAACUGUUCUGAUUCCAAUUCAUUUCACAUAGGCAACCAAACAGUCACUAGUGGUAAUGAUCUAGGCUGGAUUCAAAUAGGUGAUCUAGAGAUGAAAGGAUCCAUAUCCCAUUGCUAGUUAUCUAGUCUACCACAUUUCAGCUGUAAUCAUUAGGUUUAUAUAUUAGAAUUCCUGGGGCUUGAGCAUUUCCUCAUGCACAAUAAAACAUGCAAGUGCUGGAAUUUACAUCACAAAUUGCUCAGAAAAACAAAAGCUCCAACUUUUAGACUUUUAGUAAUACAAAGUAACCCUUGUGUACAGGAGGCAGUUGUCAGGGCCAAGUGACCAGAGGGUUCCAAAAGUAGUCCGAAUUGCAGCACUUCCUUGAAAUACAGGGAGGAAUCAGUCAACACACAGCUCCCCAGAGUGCUGCUGUUCCAGCCUAGGAUGCUAGAGCAAAUAGCUGUCUGGGGUUCAGUGAUCACUCAGGCUAUGUUUAUGUGCAAUCAUAGGGUAUGACUGUAGCUCAAGUAGGCAUACCCUGGCCUAUAAUUUCCCAGGUUCUCUUUGUACCUCUUUUUAAAGCUAGGUACUAUGUUUGCCCUACUCCAGACCUCUGGGACCUCACCCAUCUCCAUGAGUUCUCAAAGAUCACUAAUGGUUCUGAGAUUGUUUCAGCUAGCUCCUUAAGUACCCUAGAGUGAAUUUUGUCAGGCCCUGCUGAUUUGAAUACAUCUGACUUAUCUAAAUACUCUUUAACCUGUUAUCUGAUGAUCAAGCCUGUCUUUUUGUCUGACUACCAAGGUGUUAUUUAAAUAAAGAGAGUAUAAGUGUGUGUGUGUAUAAUUCUGUUAUUUGCAGUUUUUUUGGAAUUGGGGUAACUUGUGCUAGAGGAUAGCCUUUCUCUGGUUUUGUUUUCAUUCUAGUGUUCCUAGGAACUGACACUCCCAUAAUAAACCACACAGUAUACACAGACCUUUCACUUGCCAAGCGGUUGAGCAACAUGCACUGAGCAUAAUCUUGAAAUAUUAAAUUACAGUACUCAGUACAUCCUGGUGUUCCUGCUUUUUGUCUGUUUUGCUCCAGGAUAACUCAAAGGAGGAACAUAUGUAAACAGCUAACAACUAGUGUAGAAGCAAUGGAAGCAGCCUGAGCAUUUCAAUGGUAUUCUUUGGCAAAAGUCAGCAGUGGAACCAAUGAUUGUGAGUUAGGGCAUGGAAAAGUAAACUCCUAAUGGGAUCCUCUUUUUAAUCAUUUACUUUAAAGACUUUACUUUUGUUAUCUUGUAUUACAGUUACGGUAAAAAACGUUAGAUUGAGGCAGGAUCCUUACUGAAGAGUUCAAAAUUAUCUGUAAAUCUGGAGGUUCUUGCACUUUAUUUCUAAACAACCUUUUUAAAUAUUUUACUAAUGGUUAAAAAUUAAUCACAGACAAAUACCUAAGCCUAAAAAGAAUCAGACACAGAGAAGUUCUUCUAGCUAGACAGAGAAAAAGUCUUCAUCAUGAAAGUAUUACUAGUUCUCUUGGUUUUUUCAUGCUCCUUCUUUUGUAUUUGUGGAUUUCAGCACAGAGCCUCUGAAGGUGAAGAGCAAGUUCAGCAAGAGACGUUCCUGAUAAAAGAAUGCUUAAAUAAUCAGUACACACAUAACUCUUGUAAGAAAGUUUUCUGUCACCCAUGGCAGAGAUGUGUUGGAGGAAGUUGUAUUUGCAAGCUUCCCUACCAAUGCCCAAAGAAUACCACUUCGGUUUGUUCUACCAAUGGAAGGACAUUCAAAAAUUAUUGUCAGCUAAAGACCUAUGAAUGCCAGCACCCGCAAGAGAAGUUUCUGAGUAAAGCAAAGUGUGGGCCUUCAGAAAAAUUUGAAGUUUCUUUGGACUAUGCAGAUUCACAAUCAGAGGGUCUUAUUCAAGUAAAGCAUGGGAAUCAUACUGAGAAGUUAUUUAUAUGUAACAGUGAGUGGAGUAUGAAUGAAGCAAAUGUUGUCUGCAGACAUCUUGGUUUUAAAAUAGGAGCUGAAUAUCACAAAAAGACCUUCCACGUCCCAGAAUCUGCCUUAACUUCAUCUCAAUGUCUUCAUGCUACUUGCAGAGGGCUAGAGACUAGCCUGGCAGAAUGUUCUUUAAUCGAGAGCCGAAAUAGUAAUGAGGAUUUUGCUAGUGUCGUGUGCCAUAAAGAAGAUAAAGAAUGUUCAAACGAAUUCCCUUGUGUCAAUGGGAAAUGCAUUCCUUUGACUGAAACCUGUAAUGGAAUCAAUGACUGCGGAGACCUAAGUGAUGAAUUGUGUUGUAAAGAAUGCAAAGGCAAGAGUUUCCAUUGUAACUCCGACGUGUGUAUUCCAAAUAAGUACCUCUGUAACAGGGAAGCAGACUGCCUUGCAGGAGAGGAUGAAUCUCAAGCUCUCUGUGGAGGUGAUCAAAAGCCAAAGCCAGAAGUUCCAGGUGAUCAAAAGCCAAAAGUUUCAGGUCGUUCACAUUCAAAUGCUAACAUUCAAGAACAAAAAGACAUCUCAACUUCCAGUAUGGAUGGAGAACAACAUGACUUCGUCCCAAAUUCUAAUAUGGAUGAAGAAAGGAAAACAUUAAAGACCUUGUUGCCUCAGUUAAAGUGUGGUGUUACAAGCCACCCAGUAACUCGACAGAAGCGAAUCAUAGGAGGAAACACUGCUAGAAAGGGUGAAUUCCCUUGGCAAGUGGCAAUUAGGGAGGGUAGUGGUACAGUGAACUGUGGAGGAAUUUAUAUCGGUGGCUGUUGGAUUCUGACUGCUGCACAUUGUGUCAGAAAAAGUCGAGUUCAUCAGUAUCGGAUAUGGACCGGAAUAUUAGAUACAAUCCUCUAUAAUAAAGAGAUAGAUACUUUUAGAUUAAACCAAGUGAUAAUCCAUGAAAACUAUAAUGCCUCAAACUAUCUGAAUGACAUUGCUUUGUUGGAGAUGAAAACUAAUGAGAAAGGAAAACCAUGCUCACUGGCAUACAGCACACCUGCCUGUGUUCCUUGGUCAGAAUAUCUGUUUAGAUCUGGACAUCAAUGCAAGGUUUCUGGCUGGGGACUAGCAGACGGUUUUACCAAACAAUUUGUUCUUCGAUGGGGCAACAUUAAUUUAUUUCCAAACUGUUCAGAUAUCUAUAAAGAGCGCUUUUUUAACGAAAUGGAAUGUGCAGGUACCUUUGAUGGUUCCAUAGAUUCCUGUAAAGGUGACUCAGGAGGACCCUUGGUCUGUCUGGAUUCAAAUAAUAGGGCAUACGUGUGGGGUAUUGUGAGUUGGGGUGAAAACUGUGGAGUUCAAGGAUAUCCUGGAGUUUACACAAAAGUAGCCAGAUACUUUGAUUGGAUUAGCCGUCAUGUGGGAAGGUCCGUUAUUUCUUUAUAUAAUGUGUGAAGCUUUGGGAACUAAAUACUACAUUCACAGCACCUACACACAAAAAAGAAGAUUAGUUCUACCUUAGAAUCAGCAAUCUUAUUACAUACUUGCAAUUUUUGGAAGAAAUGUUUAAACAAAUCUUUGAAAAUGCUGUUAGUGUUCGAUAAAUGUAAUGAUUCUUGUGGAAAGUGUUUUGUACUGAAAUUAGUUCACUGCAAUAAAUGCAUGCAUACUAUAAGGAAAUUAAAACAUCCGAUUCU